CCGUCACUUUUUUUUACGCGUUGUUUAUUUUAUUUUGAAAAGCCUAGGGUGACUUCGUGUUUUCAGUCAAGCGUCUUGACAGACCAUAAAGCAACAGCUAAUGGCCUCUAGCAGACAGUGGAUAGAACUGACCUGAGCCGGCGCUAACUUUUUUUUUAAAGAAAUACUAAUCGACCUAACGCCAACAUUAAAAACCCCGAGGUUACGUCAACAUGGCGGCGUUUACAACCUUAACAACACCUUGUCGGAGAAGCAGUGUUGUCGUCUGCCAAACUGGAGCAACACAAACUUCAUGAAAGACGUUGCUAUUCAGUGAGACAGACGGUUGGUUUCAGUCAUCAUGUCUUCCACGACUGUCAGUCAGCUCUGCAUGGAGAAGGGCCAUUUUUUAAAGCUUAUCGAUUCCUUUGCUUGGGAAAUUGGCACACUCAAGAAGGAGAUGGGGAAAAAGAGCGAGUCCAGGAAAAAAGACCACAAGGCAGAAACCAAUUUUGGGCUGGGUGAAGAAGUGGGAGGUCUCUUCAUGCAGGCUUCGCCUCACUCCAGGAUCUGUACUAACCUCGCCGGGGCUAGAGAUUCGGGCUACGACUCAUUCCAUCGUCAGCUUUGUAUUUUGGACCGAGUGGUAUAUACACAUCCUGUGUGGUUACUGUUGAGCCUCAGCUACAAGGAAGCCACAAGAAUACUGCAGAACCAACCGACUGGGAUGUUUGUGGUAAGGAAAUCAGCCAGUUUACAAAAGAAAGUCAUAUCUCUGCGCAUGGACAAAGAUUCCCCGGUUCCCAUCAAAGAAUUCCCUGUGAAGGAGAGCCAGUACACUUUCGCUCUGGAAGGAUCCGGCCUAAGCUUUGCAGACUUAUUUCGUUUUUGGGACACUCAGCUGAACCAUGAGCCGAGACGCGUAGCGCCGUUGCCGGGGAAAGCUACUCCCAGAAGACCACCCUUCCCUGCCAAACGACCAGUCUCCUGGUCACCGGAGUGCCCCAAGCUUCAAACCCGCACCCCGGCUGAGCUCGACUGUUACCAGUCCAAUGGAGCCCUGUGUUUCAUCAACCCUCUCUUUAUAAAGAGCAACCAAUCAAACCAGGAUCCGGGUGCUACCACCGCAAGGCUAAAGGACAAACCGAUUACCAACAGCCUAGAGAUAAACAGCGAGGAACAUCCAUCCUGCGGCACUUACCCCGAGGCCUCCAACUUGGAUCAAACCGAACCGCACAAUCCUAUCAAAACUACGCAGCUACUCGAACAAAAGACUCAGCCACCGGCCACUUGUCAGAAACUGGGUGCAUUCUCAUCGUCUCCACCUCCUCGUCCGCCCCCUCCCCGCUUUGGAGCACGCCGGAGUGUUCCCACCGUACGACAGAGCAGCAUGCCAGAGAAGAUUUCCUGGAUCGGCUCUUCCAAGGAGAGAACGAAAGAAACAACCAGGGACAAUCUCGCUCGUUUAGGCUCGUCGCUGAGCAUCAGUCCCUCGUCCUCCCCGCCAAGAAAACCCAUCAUCAGUUUCCCCAUAUCUACCCCCAAGCUCUCGCCGCCCCGCUCGCUCUCAUUUCUGUCCUCUUCGCCGCGACAAUCCAAAGUGUCAUCCUUGUCGUCCAGCCUUGAAGAUGCUGCACUGGAGGAACAGACUAUUGAAAAGGCACUCCACAGGGCCAAGCUGUUCCAGAAUAGCUGUCGAAAAAACGCCUCACAAGACACUUCCGGGAGUCCUCCGCAGUGCUCAGUCAUGACCAGAGCUGAUCGGACAGAGACGCAGCAAGAAGACGCAGAAGCCGGCGGCGAGUCCAGCAGUGGUGGUCAACGGCUGAGUGACAUGAGUCUCUCCACAGAUUCCUCGGACUCUCUAGAUUUCUCCGGCACGUUUUCGAUUCCUCCUUUUCACGACCCCAGCCCUCCAACUGAGGCCGAACUGAACACCUACCUGCCUCUCUCCCUCCCGUCGUCUCACCUGCUGUACAGCAGCAUAGACGACGACGAGGACGACGAGGACGACGAGGAUCCCGACUACGGCAUAAACCUCGAAAGCGACCAGGACCAGGAGGUGACCAUGGUGCCACCGGGACAUCGGAUUCAUCGUCGCUCAAGCGCCAGCGCGUUGGUCAUCCAGCAGGCUCUGCGAGGGCAACUGCGUAAGAUGAGCGGUGUGUUUAAUUCACUCCUGACGCCGGAGAAGAGGGUGGUCCGUAAGGUUGUGGAACUGUCCAGAGAUAAGGGCUCAUACUUUGGCUGCCUGGUGCAGGAUCACCUGAGCUACAUGGGCGAAGGUGCGGGCACACAGGCCUGGCAGGGAUACACCUCUGGUGUGGAGCUGCUGCAGACUCUGCGGCAGUUCAUGACGCAAAUGAAGAGCUACCUGAGACAAAGCUCCGAGAUGGAGCCGCCAAUUGAGAGUCUCAUUCCUGAAGAGCAGAUUGAUCAAGUUCUAGAGAAAGCGAUGCACAAGUGUGUCUUGAAGCCGUUGAAAUCAGUGCUGAGCACUGCCCUGCAGGAAAUUCAAGAGCGCAGCGGAGCGUGGCGGGAGCUGAAGGAAAACCUGGCGCUGGCCAAAGCACGGAAGCCCCAGGAGAUGGGCGUUGCUGCGAUGCAGCCCCCGGAUCCCGUCGCGUUAGAGAAGAUCAAGCAAAGGUUCCAGACUAUGUGUAAACUGUACUCGCCAGAGAAGAAGGUCACAACGCUGUUGAGGGUCUGCAAACUCAUCUACACCGUCAUGGAAGACAACUCAGUUUUUUUUUUUUUGUGCUCCUCAGAUCAAGUUCUAGAGAAAGCGAUGCACAAGUGUGUCUUGAAGCCGUUGAAAUCAGUGCUGAGCACUGCCCUGCAGGAAAUUCAAGAGCGCAGCGGAGCGUGGCGGGAGCUGAAGGAAAACCUGGCGCUGGCCAAAGCACGGAAGCCCCAGGAGAUGGGCGUUGCUGCGAUGCAGCCCCCGGAUCCCGUCGCGUUAGAGAAGAUCAAGCAAAGGUUCCAGACUAUGUGUAAACUGUACUCGCCAGAGAAGAAGGUCACAACGCUGUUGAGGGUCUGCAAACUCAUCUACACCGUCAUGGAAGACAACUCAGGUCGAUUGUUUGGUGCUGACGACUUUUUGCCCAUGCUCACCUACAUCCUGGCUAAAUGUGACAUGCCUGAGCUGGACAACGAGAUACUUUACAUGAUGGAACUGUUGGACCCUUCACAACUUCACGGAGAAGGCGGUUACUACCUGACCAGUGCCUAUGGAGCGAUGUCCUUAAUCCGGAACUUCCAGGAGGAGCAGGCAGCCAGGGUGCUGAGCUCUGAAACCAGAGACACCCUCUGCCAGUGGCACCGGCGCCGCACCGCCCAACGUUCUGCACCUUCCAUUGACGACUUCCAGAACUACUUGCGAGUGGCUCUGCAAGAACUGGACAGCGGCUGCACAGCGAAGACCCUGCAGGUCCGUCCUUACGCCACGGUGGAGGAGGUGUGUCAGCUGUGCGCCCUAAAGUUCAAAGUGUCAGAGCCGGAGAAGUACGGCCUCUUCCUGCUCAUAGAGGGCAGCAGUCAGCAGCUGGCUCCAGACACCCACCCUCAGAAGAUCAAAGCUGAGCUCCUCAGCCGCCCGCAGCCUCCACCCUUUCAUUUUGUCUUCCGCCGAUUGGCCAGCAACGCCCCACAGUUAUCGCCUGCAAGUGGAUCUAACGCUCCCAACAACAGUAGCACAACUGACCUGACCUGACCUGACCUGACCUGACAUGAUUUUCACUUCUGCCGAGUGUCGGGCUGUCAGGCAGCACACUUGAAAUGUCACUGUGUCAUCAAUAUCACAUAUCAUUUUAACACAUUUUCUAUCGAACAAAACCUUUUACUAUUACACUCCGAGUGUGUCGAUGAUAUUUUUUUUUUAUUUUUUUUUAUUUUUU